CCAGCAUCGUAAAAAGGUUGCUGCACACCUCUCCAGUUGUUAGUGAGAGGUAACCUGACAUGGAGGAACAGGCACAGGUAGUGGCUAACAAAUAUGGCAGAGCACUCCUUCUUUUUGCUAAAUGCCACAACUCGUUUAAUUCGUCACUCUACUUUGACGAUGCAGCCCUUUCUACUCUACUGUGCGACAUUGAUACAUUCGUGUCCUACUACCGUGGUACAAUGGGAAGCACAUUUAUCUCAAGCUACACAUGCUAGAGGACCACGUUGUACCUUUCAUUAGGUAAUGGCGAGUUGGUGUUGGAAUGUUGGGGGAACAGGGGGUGGAGGGCAUCCAUGCCAGGUUCAACACACUGAAACGGACAAACUCAAGUAUGAGCACCCGUGUGGAGCGACUGAAGUGUGCGGUACCUGAGCACUG